AUAUUUGAACAUCUGUGCACACUUGAGCGUAUACUAUUUUUUUUAAAAGAAAUACACAUCUGACCUCGCCUGUGAUCAAUGUAGACAGAACUCUCAUUCUCUGUGGAAAAGACAGCUAAUCAAACAGAAAACACCCUCAGAAGAGAAGGGGCUCCUCAAUGCAACACGGGGGUAAAAACUGAAGAGCAAAAUAUGGGGAAAGGAAACCAGAAAAUCCAUUUUUCAACACAGCUACUGUACUAGCUAUUAGCUAGCUCAGCUUUGUUCGCAGCUACCAUUACCGCCAAGCGCCAAGCGGUUAAUAUCAACCUUUAACAUCAGGCGCAAAUGGCAUGUAUGCAAUGCACAUUGUGUGAAGACAUGGACAAGAAUGAUAAGUGAACAGAAUUCGAAAUUGAACAGAAGGGACCGCGUGAAUGAAAUGUGCUGCUGCUUUAAAAACAGUUGUGCCGUUUUUCUUUUUUCCUUUCCCCGCAGUUCCAAAUGUUAGAUGUAUAGUUUGUCCCGUUCGUCUUGUGCGCGUCUGUCUAUUUAUCUGUUCUGUGCGGUGGAGUGGUGAUGGCGAUACGUAGCGAGAUAGGAAGACAACUGCGCCAAUAGAAAUUCUAGUGCACAUUUUUAAAAAACAGCAGUGCUCCUUUUCUUUGCUACUUUCAAGCUACUCCUGAUGUUAUGCUAUGAUGUGAUUUGAUAGUAUGCGCGGUGGUGAAAAUACAGCUAGCGCUCGAAAUUUUUCAACUGGUGUUUUUUCAGCUCCUUUCUGUAUUUUGUUCCCUUGUGUUCUAUCUAUAUCUCUAUCUGUGUACUGUUCCUGUAUUAGUCUAUAAUAUCCAAGUUGUGUGAUUAUUUCGUUAUUAAGACACAUGUGGCGAACAUAUGUGCGCAGUUGUGCCACCGAUUCUAUUCUUUAGUCAGUGCUGAACAACACAGAUAGAAUAGAAACAGAAAUUUAUAGUAAGAGAGCGAGGAUCUUUGCUAAGCCAGCCUCUGUUCCAAUAUGUGAAAUUGUCGUCUCUUCUCUUUUCACUCCGUAGUCUGUUCUGUUCUCCGCGCUAUACUGCUGGUGUAUUUACAUAUCCAACCACAAUUCUGACUCCAAAUCACAGAACAGAAGUGCUGUAGUUGCAGGCAGGGGGACUACUUAACGAUUAAAAUGAGAACAGCAGAUGUCCUUAUGUUUUAUGACAGCUGACUCCUCGUUAUUGUUUCAUCGUACGUGCAUCGAUCGCGAUAUAAACAAUUUUGUACAAAAAUUGUAAAAUCACAGGAACAUCGACGCUGCAAUUUUAUAGCAGUUUUUUCAAUAAAUUGCGCUGAUAAGAAAAUAAUAUCCGAUUCAAAUAUUUUUGCAUAUGGCCUCUAUAUUUCAUACAACUAUUUAAGUGGUUUUUGAAUCAGACUGUUUCUUAUUGCUAGAUAAAGAAGUUCGCUAGAACAGUGAACCAAAAAAGGAAAGUAUCGAAAAUAACAUUCCUCCAGACAACAAGUUGUCCGUUAAUUGAUAUUCAUAUCAUCAAAAGUUGAUUAUAUUAGGAUUAAAAAUUGUUUUUAUGUUUUUUUAAUCAACUUUAGUUACAAUUCCUUAUAUUAUCAAUUUGUCAUCAAUUUACCAAAUUAUCUCCGAAAUGUCCGAAUCGUCGCGGAAAAGAAGAAAACCAGCCAAACCGAGCAGACAUUCUCCGAACAGCCAAUCUGAACUAAGCACAUCAACUGGAAACUCUAUAUCUCCUCCGGAACCUCAUGUUGACGACGAAAAAUCAACCUCGGUUGCCGUCGGAGCAGUAGGUGCUACCGGAACGGCUAGUGACGCCGGGACGACGCAAGACUUCCUGGCGAAGUUAGUGGCAAGUCAGAAUGACAUCGACAGCUACAUGAGUGAGAAACGAACGAGAAUGAUGUCAUCGAACGACGCCGCAGAGUCGGAGUCACGAUCUGAGUCGCCACAGGACUCACUUGACCUUUCUUUGGGGUCAAGGUCACAAACAUCGCCCAUUAGUUACGCGACGUCGGCCAACAAUCCGUCAGAUGCCAUCACAAACCCUCUCGCGCUUCUCACCGACCAAACUUCGCAACUUCAAAGUCCAUCUCUAGUACCAACAAACAAAAAAGCAAAUGCCACCUGCAAAACCACCAAGCAUCCUCCUACCAACACUAAUAACCCCCCUCCUGUACUAGCUCAUCCUGUAGUCACCAGCAGUCCCCACCUGGGCUCCUCUAAUUCCAGUGUGGAUGUGGGGGCAGGUGGGGAGGACAGUAGCUCAAUUAUGACUCAAUACGAGGAGUUGAAGUCGAAGGCGAUGACGUCACGAGCGAGGAGGAUCAUCGCCAAUGCACGCGAGAGAAACAGAGUGCACACUAUCAGCUCAGCUUUCGAGCAGCUGCGCCGUAGCAUACCUUGCUACUCUGGCAACCAGAAGCUGUCUAAACUGGCCAUCCUCAAAAUAGCCACAUCCUACAUUCGCUGUCUCAGUCACGUGGCAACCAGAGAGGACCCGCCCCUGGAGAAGAAGGGCGUGGAGCUGGACCCUGGAAACGAUCCCAAACUGUCCGAACUAGUGAUGAAGUGCACUGUCAAUGUGCUGUCUGACGGGAAAUUAAAGAGAUCAGAUAUUGGAGGAGUGGACGGUGGCGACAGAAGCGACGGGGAAGACAUGGACUGAGUUGAGGGGGUACUACUACAGAACUUAACCUCUUGUCAUCUAAUUUGAAGCAGCCUGUGCACAUCAAUACAUCAUCAGACAGUCAUAACUCAAACUGACUUUCCUCCUUAAUUUAUUCCAAUAAACUCCUCCUCUCUUUUCAAUUCCAAAUUCAAAUUCUA